AUGGCAAAGCCACAUAAAGUUAAAGACCUCAAGGGCGUUCUACGCAGCGAUUUCCACUGGGGUUACGCAACAGCAGCAACCCAAGUCGAGGGAGGCUGGAACGCCGAUGACAAGGGCCUCUCAAUCUGGGACACCUUCGCCCACACUCCUCGAAAAGUGAAAGACGGGAGCACACCCGACGAUGCAGUGCUCUCAUACUACAAAUACAAAGAGGACGUGGCGCUCAUGAAGUCAUACGGAGUCACUGCGUACCGAUUCUCGCUAUCUUGGUCACGGAUCAUCCCUCUCGGUGGAAAAGAUGAUCCUGUGAAUGAGGCAGGGUUGCAAUAUUAUGAGAAUCUGAUCGACGAGUUGCUGGAGAAUGGGAUCACGCCGUUCGUGACGCUUUUUCAUUGGGAUACGCCGCAGGCACUCGAAGACCGGUAUGGCGGAAUGUUAAACAAGGAGAUGUAUACGCCUGAUUUUGUGAAUUAUGCGAGGGUGUGCUUUGAGAGGUUGGGGGAUAGAGUGAAGCAUUGGAUCACCUACAAUGAGCCGGGUGUGUAUACGUUAGCUGGGUAUGCGGCGGGGGUUCAUGCACCGGCCAGGUCGUCGAAUCGGAAGUUGAAUGCUGAGGGUGAUUCUUCUACGGAACCGUUUAUUGUUGGACAUACGGAGCUUGUUUCGCAUGCGUAUGCUGUUCAGUUGUAUCGAGAGAUGUUCCAGCAUCAGCAGAAGGGAAUGAUUGGGAUCACGCUUCAUGGAAAUUACUCGGAACCCUGGGAUUCAGACGAUCCUUUGGAUCAAGAAGCCGCAGAACGAGCACGAGAAUUCGAGAUAGCAUGGUACGCCGAUCCCGUAUACAAGACCGGAGACUAUCCAGCGAGCAUGCGUGCCCAGCUCGGCGACCGAUUGCCCCACUUCACAGCAGAAGAAUCGAAACUCACCCUAGGUAGCUCCGACUUCUACGGGAUGAAUAGCUACACUACAUUCUUCGUCAGACAUCUAGAUACGCCACCAGAUAUCAACGACCAUUCUGGAAAUAUCGAGAAACUGGAUACGAAUAAGCAAGGAGUUUCUAGAGGACCGGAAAGUGAUACAUACUGGCUUCGCACCAACCCAGCCGGUUUUCGGAAACUGUUAAACUGGAUUUGGAAACGAUAUGGUAUCCCGAUUUAUAUCACCGAGAAUGGGACGACGGCAAAAGCGGAGACAGAGCCGAGUGAGGAGGUCUUGAAUGAUACCUUUCGGAUUGAGUUCUUUGAGGGGUAUAUAGGUGCGGUUGCACGUGCUGUGAAAGAGGAUGGUGUAGAUAUCAGGAGCUACUUUGCUUGGACGUUUACGGAUAAUUGGGAAUGGGCUGCGGGGUAUACAGAUAGAUUUGGGGUUACGUUUGUGGAUUUUGAGUCGAAGGAUAAGAAGAGAUAUCCGAAAAAGUCGGCGACAGUGAUCAGAGAGUUGUUCCAGCAUAUGGUUAAGAAGGAAUAA